GCCUUUUUAUGGCUUCCUCUCCAUUUAUCUGUGCCGUGAAUUGACAGCUUGCCUGCUGGGUGUCUCGUGGGGCAGGCCUUGGGGUGGUUUUGUGGGAGUUAGGCAGGAAUAAGAGGGCCAGUGAGCAGAGUCAAGCUUACACACUGAUCUUCCCUUUUCAGUACUGCUGCUUGCUUCAUGUUGGUGGGUAGUAGUAUGACUGUUAACCAGCUGCUGUGCUCGCCAGUCCUUCCCUGUUUCCGAGUAUUAUCGCUGCAUAUUUAAAGUCGUUUUGGUGCCAUAGAUCCUCUGGCAUGCCUGUCCUGUUUCUCUCCAAACCAGUAGAGGGUAGUGGCUAGAGCGCUGGACUGUGACUCAGGUAAUCUGAGUUCUUGUCCUCAGCCUUGAAGCUCACUGAAUGAGUUUGGGCUAGUCACUGACUCCCAACUUCACCUACCUCACAGAGAUUUUAUUGUAAGGAUAAAAUGGAUAGUUAUGUAAAUCAUCUUGAGUUCCUUGUAAGAAAAAGAUAGGCUAUAAAUGUGGUAAAUAAAUCUAUGUAUACAUGUUUAGGAUAUCUUUCUCAUAACCUGCUGGAAUCUUGCUGUAUUUUGCACUCUGGCAUGUUUCCCACUGUUCUCUUUUAAUUCUUUACUUCAGGAAUGGGGUAUCUGUGGUUCCAGAUAUUGUUGGACAAACUUUUGUCAUUUCUUGGCAUGUUGUCUAGGGCUGGAAGUCCAGCAAUAACUGGACAGCCACAGGUGUGCCAUCCCCAUUUUACUGCAUCAUGUAAAGAUCUGCAUAAGCUCUCUCAAUAUACCUUAAAGCAGCCUGCUUUUCAAGCCUAUGACCUCCAUGGCAUUCUACAUUUCUCCAUGUUGUCCUCAAAUAUCUUUUUUCAACAUCCUGUUUUAAGAAGUCAUUGUAUGCUCUGUGCCUUCAGUAGUGUGGAAAAGUCUUAUCAGGAAAAUAUACUGGUCCAUCUGGAGGAAAACCUGAUGACCCCAAGAGCAACUGCAUCCUCAACAUCUACAUAUGUGCCUUUUCCAGUUCUUUGAGCUAGAAUUGUCAGAUGAACUUUUUCUCUAGGAUGCCUAAAUCAAAAGAACUUGUUUCUUCAAGCUCAUCUGGCAGUGACUCAGACCGGGAAGAAAAAUCGCAUGUGAAUCAUCUAGUUGCGGAAAAAAGGAAAAAACAGGCAGCACCAGAAAAACCUGUGAAGAAACAGAAGACGGGUGAAAGUUCCAAAGGUGCCGCCUCCUCCAGGCAAAGUAGCAACAGAGAUGAGAAUAUGUUUCAGAUUGGUAAAAUGAGAUAUGUCAGUGUUCGUGAUUUUAAAGGUAAAGUUCUAAUUGAUAUUAGAGAAUACUGGAUGGAUCAAGAAGGUGAAAUGAAACCUGGCAGAAAAGGUUAACAUGACGAAUUUCCAGGCAGCUUGCAUCUGAUUUCAAGUAAAUACUUGGCUUGGUAAAAUUCCAAAAGAAGAUAAUGUAGCUUGUACUAUGUAUUUUACAGUUUUAAAAAAUGGUGGCAAGGUAAGAAAUGAAUACUGUGGCCUGAAUGAAAACAGCACAAUUAUAUAGACUUGCUUAUUUUGCAUAAUUUCACAAAUCUUUGAGAGGUCUGAAGAGAUUUGCACUGAGGUUUACUCUCCUACCCCAGGAUAUCGGACAUAGGUUUGCACCCAGUUCUUACUAAGUUGUGCAUUGCACAUUUCUUGUGCUUAAGUUAAAUAGGAAGCUUGUGGCUGCCUCAAUACUGAACUCUACAGCCAAUGCCAAACUCUGUGGUGGCGUGAAAUGACCAGACUUGUUAUGAUAUUUAAGGAUUUGUUUUGGUUUAUUUUAGGUAUCUCUCUAAAUCCAGAACAAUGGAGCCAGCUGAAGGAACAGAUUACUGAUAUUGAUGAAGCAGUAAGAAAACUGUAAAGACAAGCCAUACACAAAUUCUACUGUUAUAGGUUUAAGUAGUCUUUUUACAUUGGCAUUCAUUUUCUAAACUAUUUGUUUUCCAAGCUAUUGUAUAUUUGGAUUGCAAAACAAUUUGUAAGAUGAACGCUUUUUUUAAUGUGCAUUAAAAGUGUAUACUGAGUGAAGUUA